CAACAACACCAUGGCAACCCCCGAGGCCACUGCGGAGAUGCCGCCCAUGAUGUACGGCACCGCGUGGAAGAAGGAACGGACCGCCGAUCUCGUGUAUGAGGCCAUCAAGGCCGGCUUCCGCGGCAUCGACACUGCUGCCAUGAAGAGACACUACGACGAGGCCGGUACAGGCGAGGGCAUCCGCCGCGCAAUCAGCGAGGGCAUAUGUUCUCGGAAAGACCUCUUCAUCCAAACCAAAUUCACCCCCUUCGACUCCUCCAUCCCAUCCUACUCUCCCACGGACCCGAUCCCCACCCAGAUCCACGCCUCGCUCACCUCAUCCCUCGCCAACCUCUCCACGCCAGACCACGAACCCGCCUACCUCGACGCCCUAAUCCUGCACUCCCCCUUCCCCACCACAGCCGAAACCCUCCAAGCCUGGUCCGCCCUCGCAACCUACCUCCCCACCUCCACCACCACCACCACCGACCCCUCCCGCGCCGGCCGCGUCCGCCGCCUCGGCAUCUCCAACGUCACCCUGCCCACCCUGCGCGCCCUCUCCUCCUCCUCCCCGCAAUCCCCAACCCCCCUCCCACCACCCCCCAGCAUAAUCCAAAACCGCUUCCGCGCCGCCGAGCGCCGCUGGGACAUCAGCGUGCGCACCUGGUGCGCCACCCACAACGCCGGCUACCAGGGCUUCUGGACGCUGACGGGCAACCCACUCGUCUGGCAACAACAGCAAUCCGCCCCGGAGAACGGGGACGGGGGGUUUGUGGCGCGGGUGGCGCGCGGGGCGGGGUUGUCGCGCGCGGGCGCGUGGUAUGCGCUGCUGAUGGUGCGGGCCGGGGUGGUGGUGCUGAACGGGACGGGGGAUGGGGCGCAUAUGCGGGAGGAUCUGGAGGUGCUG